GCCUGAUUGGUUCAAUUUAUCACAUUGUGUUGAAGGAAACCAGCCCUGCUCUUAAAGCUGCGCAAGUAGCAGCCACAAGCACUGUCACAAUGGCUACAGUAGGAGCAGUUUUUGGAUUGACCACUUGCUUCAGUGCCCAAAUCAGGGAGAAACCAGACGAUCCUCUAAACUAUUUCAUAGGAGGCUGCACUUCAGGAAUGCUCUUUGGUGCAAGAGCUCACAGCUUUACUAUUGGUACCUCUGCAUGUGCUGGGCUAGGGAUUCUGGCUGCUCUUAUAAAAGUGAGCAAGAAUGAGGGCUGGAAGUUUGCACCACCUCCCCAGAUGUAAACUUUCAAAUGUUCUGUGUAAUAAUGUAUUACAUAUUAAAGAUGUUAUUGAAUCA